GAUGAAGACGUUGAAGCAGACUUGCAGGCUUUGGGACGCAAGUGAUUCGUUCGCCUGUGUCGAUGCGCGUCGGGCGCGCCGCUUCCCUCCGAUCCGCCGAUGCGUUUGGGGACUUUUUGAACCCUGCGCCGCCGGUUCCCUGAACGCAUCACAGUGACGUUUGCUGACGGGGAGAGGGAGUGAGAGAGAGAGAGAGAGAGAGAGAGAGAGAGAGAGAGCACCCAAACGCGUCGCACCGAAAGAUGUCUGGGACCGCGCAGCCCGCAAAAAUGAAAAAGGACGAAUCCUUCCUCGGGAAAUUAGGCGGAACCCUCGCGCGGAGGAAAAAGUCCAAAGAAGUGAGUGAUCUCCACGAGGAGGGGAAGAAUGCCAUCAACGGCCCCAUGCUCCCCUCGGGGACAGACAUCCAUCCAGAGGACACGCUGCUGGAGGAGAACGCCGAGAGGAUCAUGUUGGACCCGACAUCGCGGGAAAAUGUUAAAUUUAAAGAUCUUCUGAAGGUCCUGAUUGACUGGAUCAACAGCGAGUUGGAGGAAGACAGGAUCAUAGUCAAAGACCUGGAGGAGGACUGUUAUGAUGGACAGGUGCUCCAGAAGUUAUUUGAGAAGCUGUCGGGCAGGAAGCUGAACGUGGCCGAGGUCACCCAGUCCGAGAUCGGCCAGAAGCAGAAGCUCCAGACCGUCCUGGAGGCCGUCAACGAACUGCUGCGGCCUCACGGCUGGACCAUCGAGUGGAGCGUGGACUCGAUCCACUCCAAGAACCUGGUGGCCAUCGUCUAUCUGCUGGUGGCUCUUGCGAUGCACUUCCAGGUUCCCAUCAGGCUGCCGGAGCACGUCUCUGCCAAGGUGGUGGUCGUCAAGAAACGGGAGGGAAUCCUUCAGACUGCUCUGGUGACCAAAGAGCUGACGAGCACCACGGAAAUGAUGAUGGGAAGGUUUGAGAGGGACGCAUUUGACACCUUGUUGGAUCACGCGCCAGACAAGCUCAACGUGGUGAAAACGUCCCUCAUCACCUUUGUGAACAAACACCUGAACAAGUUGAACCUGGAAGUUACUGAGCUGGAGUCUCAGUUUGCUGAUGGUGUGUACCUGAUUUUGCUGAUGGGGCUGCUGGAGAACUACUUUGUCCCGCUAUACAACUUCUUCCUCACCCCUGAGAGCUUUGAACAGAAGGUCCACAAUGUGGCGUUUGCCUUUGAGCUGAUGCAGGAUGGAGGACUAAAGAAACCCAAAGCCAGGCCAGAAGAUGUCGUCAACCUGAACCUAAAAUCCACCCUCAGGGUCCUCUACAACCUGUUCACCAACUACAAAAACUCAGACUGAACCGUUUCAGCCCCGAAUGUUUUAAUUUUAAAUGCUACUUUGUUUCUGCGCAGCUUUUACCCGACAUAGUCCGGACAUUAGAGGAGACCAACAAAGACCCGUUGGGAGAGGCCUGAAAAAGACUCUGAAUGUUAGUAUUUUUAUCUCCAAAUGUCAGUAUUUAUUAAUUCCUUCCUUGAAUGUUAAAUUCAGCCCAGGAAACCCUGCGACCUUUAGCCCACAUAAUAAAACUCUGCUGUCACAGGAGUAAUGGAUGAAGGCAGGGAUGGAAGAAAACGUCUGUGUUAACUCCAGAAUAUUUAAGAAAGUUAUAUAUUAUAUAUUAUUAAGAAUUAAUUUGUGUAAAUAUUAAAAUAACAGUUUUGGAAAUGAGAAAUAUUUGCUUUUUUGCCAAUCGCUUGAUCAGAAGAUUGUUAGAAAGCUAAAGGCUGUGUGCGAGAUGUUAAACUAACUUUAUAAGCAAAAAUAACACACUCUGCAUGAAGCUCAUUGAACACAGUGUAGACCUUUUAUGUUGCUUUGGAAAAACAACAGUGGCCCUGAAUAGAAAGGCAGUGGUACCUUUAGUUCAUAAUGACAUCCGGGCCAUUCCACCUAUAGAUUAGUUCGACAGCGAGCCAUUGCUAGGCAACGGCUCGCUUCCAUUCAGUCACUUGAUGCCAUUCACAUGCUGUGGAAAAAAAGGAAAAUGUUUUGUAGUACUUCAAAAGGAGAUGAGACUAAUUUGGGGUGUUUCUGUUCAUGACUGAAAUGGUCAAAUACGAUUCAAAAUGCAAAUGUAUGUAACAAAUCACUAUCUUCACAUGUAAUUGCCCCGUGUUAAUUGUUCAUUAUAGUCAAAAGCUGCGGUGGCUGUUACUGCUACUCUGCUAAGCUAGUGGUUAACAAUUCAUCAUGACUGUAAUUGUCUCAUUUACUUAUGCCAAAAAAACAGCAGUGAGUAUGUUUAUUCAACGCUUUAUUUGGAAAUUACAGACAGGGGAAAAAUACUUACAUUUAGUUUUAGCUAAGAGCAGCUAUGACUCUUUGGGAUGGUUUGCAUUUAUUUCUCUUUACACUGAGAUGACAUCGCUCUCUUUCCCUCGCUCUUUAGUUGGUAUUCAGUUUUGUUUUAAGCUUCUUUAGAGAAACUUAACUUAAGCAACUAAAUCCACAUAUAUUGACAUAAUAUGUAAGUCAAUAAUAUCAAUGGAUUCCUGUGUUUUUCCUCAAUUCCCCCCUAUUUCUAUGUUAACGAACAUAGACUGAAAAAAUGCUUUGUUAACUCUCACCAAUACUUGACCGCUGGAAGAAAGUAUGAAAGUUCCCCGUUUCUUCUCAACUAUGCACACCACGUGUCAAGCCACGUUCAAAAGCCAACGCUAUUGCCUUAAUCGAGUGGAGCGCCUCCCGCCCCGGUGGAGAGGGUCUCCGUAUGCAGCGGCCUUCCAGACACACUGUCCUCCCGAAGCGAGGGUUUGACUGCCACGCCACCUGGAGACCUGUUAGACGCACAGUGCGCGGCUUUACAGUCUGGAGUUACUAUGAGUCGACCUACGCCUUGCUUGUUUGUGUGUGUUUUUUUACAUUUUAUUUUAUUUUGCCUAUCAAGAAAUAAAUGUCUGAAAUCAAACCGAAUGAGAAUCUGUCUGCGUGCCGUGCU